GCCAGCUGUUUUUUAUUGUGUCAAAAAUUGAGUGCAGACGCCACGUAACCUCUAACAAAACUAGGCAUAGAGACCAAGAACGGUUACUUCUUUCUUUAAUAACACUUCCAAUACGUUUAUCACCUCAACAAGAUAUUCGAUUUGUGACAUUGCGGUUUAAUUGGUUUACGGUAGUUGCUAAGAGAAUACAAGUCAAACUUCAGCUUGGACAGCCGAAGGACUGCUUACGGCACUCUGACUGCGUUUAUCGGGAAGGAGCUGGCGAGUCCGCGGUGCUUUGUUUGGCAGGCACCGGCACGCGACGAUAUAGUAUAUACGACUGACGACGUGUCUGUCAAUUGAUCAGCGACAGCGUCAUCAUAUUCAUACUCAUAGCUGGUUUAGAAAGACAAAAGACUCAAAAGAGGAAAUUCUUUGUUCGUGGCAUCGUUACGGUACAUUUUGAAAAUAGGUGAGAUUAAUUGGGAAUUCAACUCAAGUGGAACGUAAGUCAUUUUCACCUCCAAAGAGGUAAAUCAGAGGAGCAGAUUUAAUACCGGUCAGACGUGUUCAGUUGGUGUACGUUGUAUAGGUCUUGAAAAUCAGCAGAAGUUGAUGACUGGAAAGGGACAGGGUCUUCCUGAACUUGAAGGAUAUCUAUUUGAUCAGUCUCACAGCAUGCCCGGAGAAGACCAAUACGCCUUGAAUAACUUUGGUGGAGCGAUGAGCUCCGAAUCAAGUAUGAGCCAUGAGGCUGGAGAUGGGCUGGAUUACCUGUCCUCACCUGCCAACAUCAAGAAAUACAGACGUGAAGCCCACAAGAGAGUCUUCGUCAACAGGAGUCUCAGCAUGGAGAAAAUCAAAUUCUUUGGAUUCGACAUGGACUACACUCUAGCAAUGUACAAAUCUCCACAAUACGAGCAGCUAGGCUUUGAAUUGAUUGUCAAGCGUAUGGUUGCCAUUGGAUACCCUCAGGACCUGUACAACUUUGAAUAUGAUCCAUCCUUUCCUAUUAGAGGUCUUGUCUUUGACAAAGUUUAUGGAAAUCUCCUUAAGAUUGACACAUAUGGCAAUAUCCUGGUGUGUGUACAUGGCUUCAAGUUCCUAACCUCGGUGGAGAUUGCAGAACUGUACCCUAACAAAUUCAUUGCACUGAGGACGGAGCAGGAACGUCUGUAUGUUCUCAACACACUCUUCAACUUACCAGAAACCUACCUCAUCGCGUGCCUGGUGAACUAUUUCUCAACUCAACCAGACUUUGUGGACGGUGAUAAGGGCGUGAGGAAAGGAGAUCUCUUCAUGUCAUGGGAGAGCAUCUUCUCGGAUGUCAGGAACACUGUCGACUGGGUUCACAUCAAGGGCUCCCUCAAAGAUAAAACGGUAGAAAACCCCGAAGAAUACAUCAUCAAGGAUCCAAGGUUACCCAUGCUUCUUCAAAGAAUGAGAGACCAUGGAAAGAAAGUGUUCCUAGUGACCAACAGUGGCUACAACUACACCAAGAAAGUGAUGAAGUACUUAUUCGACUACCCUUAUGGGCCUGCACCUGGGACUCCUCACAAGAAGUGGUACCACUACUUUGACAUCACCAUUGUAGAUGCCAAGAAACCAAGCUUCUUUGCCAAUGGGACCAUCCUAAGACAAGUUGAUCUUGAUACAGGUAGUCUGAAGAUUGGCAGUCAUGUCGGUCGUGCCCAGCAAGGCCAAGUGUACUCUGGAGGCUCCUGCGAUGUCAUCUGUGAGAUGCUCAAUGCAAGAGGCAACGAUGUCCUCUACAUCGGAGACCACAUCUUUGGCGAUAUCCUCAAGUCCAAGAAGGAGAGGGGGUGGAGGACCUUUCUGGUGGUGCCAGAGGUUGCGCAAGAACUCUCGGUCUGGACAGAGAAGCGAACAUUAUUUGAAAAACUUGAGGAGCUUGAUGUGGCCUUAGCUGAGCAGUACAAAAAUCUUGACAGUGCAACGGAGAAGAUUCCAGAUAUCAGCAAAGUCCGGAAGGCCAUGCAGACCAUCACGCAUGAGAUGGACAUGUGCCACGGUAAACUAGGCAGUCUUUUCAGGAGUGGAUCCAGGCAGACCUUCUUCGCCAGUCAAGUACUACGCUAUGCAGAUCUCUACUCGUCAUCAUUCCUUAACUUACUCCAUUAUCCAUUCAGCUAUCUAUUCAGGGCGCCCCACCAGCUCAUGCCUCACGAGGCCACCGUCGACCACCACGACCAUUACGAAGAGGAACCCCAGGCCAUGAUGUCGCCUGCGUUGUCGCGGAAGCGGGCGGCCAGCGACGUCACCUCCACGAGCUCCCGCAUCCCGAACGGCGAGCAGAGGAGCAAGACGUUCAGCUCCCCCAAGCCUCCCAUGAUCACCCAUGGCCACGACCAGGAUGAUUGAGGUGUAACAUACCGGUAUAAGCCACGCCUUAUGGGCCACGCCCAAUCACUCCAUCUCCCAUUGCCUCCUGCACUGAGUGCAAGGGGGGGAGCAGAAAGCUGACAUAUGUCUUCCUACAUGUACUCCUUUAUACUUUGCCAAGUUAUUUUUGACAGGAAUGCCCUGGUUUUUUUUAAAUGCUCAGUACAAUUAUUUGCCAUUUUUUAACUUGUAAAUGUUGCUGCAGUUUGCAAUCAGUGUUCGUCGCUACAUGAAGAAGAGUUUUUAAUGCUGUAAUUAAAUGGUUGCGUAUCUUGUGGUCUAGUUGUGCGAACCUUGAUGUUGAGUACAUGGUCUUUGUAUAUCACCAAGAAUUAGCAAUGAUAUUAUAGCAAAUUCUGAAUUAUAUGUGGAAAGGGUAUCAACAUCAUACACACAACCCCCCCCCCCUUUUUUUUUUUAACUUUCCUAACAUGCACAUAUUUUACUGAAGGCAAUAUUUAAAUUUCACUCAAUGGUUGGAUUUCUCAUGUUUUUAAACCAUAUAUCCUUCUAUUUGCCCUUUGCCUAUAUUGUGUGUUGUCCUUGAAUCUGGUCGCUGAGUAAUUUCUUUAAAGCAUGUACAGUACAAGUAUUGGGGCAUUUCAAGUUUAUAACCUAAAGUUUUAGCUUUAUAUGCCUUUCACUCUGACACCGUUAAUGAAUUACUGUUUUAUAGUGUCUCCUUGCAGCCGUUAUUUCUGGACUCUGGUUUUACCACUUUCGAAGCCAAUGUCAUGUUAACUGAAAUAUAGAUAUAUUAUUAACAGGUAGUAUUCUUCAAAUACAUUGCGCCACUAAAAUUAUAUUGUUUUUUAAUUAUUUUAGAACUUUGUGGUUUCCUUGAAGUGAGAUGAUGUAUUUGGCAGGCAUUUAAGCAGUUAAAGUGCUUUCUCAGAAUGUUUGUUAAUUUUUAGACGAAAGUUUUAUGCUUCAGAGAAAGUUACUUUUCGUUAUUUUCUGCUUGUUCCUUUGCUUAAUUCUUCAUUUUUUCCAGUGGCAAAUGUAUAAUGUAUACAUUUUUUUUAAAGCAUUGUUCCAUUUUAAACUGUUAUAACCUCUGGAGUACACAAGGAGUAAAUUUCUAGCGGGAAAUUUGUCAUUAUUACACUCUCUAGUUGGGAAGGAAUGAUGCAUACAUUUUUAACCCUUUUUUAUCCAGUUUUAAACUGAUAUAGCUUUUACCAUAAGUUGCAGACCAGUGAGCAUAAAGACACAUUGAAAUAAGUAUAAGUUACAUGAACACAUGCACACAUGCACAUUCAAGUCAUCAUUAUUUUGGCAUUACACACAUUGAUAAUGCACAAACAGCUUCACUGCCAGUGAAUUUAAAAAGGCCUUGUCUGUUUUCAGUUCUGUACAAUCUGUUCAGGAAAUUCUUCUCUUUUUUUAUUUACAAAAUUUUGUUUUGUAAGUUUCUGGAGAAAACCUCUGUUUUUUAUGUACAGUAUAUAUGUCUUAUAUACAUGUAAGUCUCUGUAGAUACAUGUACAUUUAAAACUACAUGUAUCAAAUAGAUGAAUUAUGAUACAUGUAUUGCAGCAAAAGUUGAAUUGCUAUAAUCACAUAACUGUCACAUUGGAAAUAUGUUAACAAACUUGAAAUUAACAUAUAUAUUUUAUAUUCCUUUUUCUUUAAAUGUUUUUUAUGAAGGGUUAUAGAUCUACAUGUAAAUUAUGGUUACCAACUUUAAAAGGUAUAAAAGGUAGAUGAUUACCAUAGUAUACUUUACGAGGGGUCAGUCAAAGGAGUCUGGAUUUCUUAGAAGCGCUGUAAUUUGCCAAACUCGCCCUCUCUCUAGUGAUUUUCAUGUUGCAAAUGCUAAGAAUGUACAUAUCUUCAUAUUUAUGUAUAUCACCUACAAUUAUAAUAUGUAUAUAUUAUUUGUAUGCCAGAUUUUAUUGGCAGUAAACUCUUCCAAACCUCUACCGUAUGUACCCUCAUUUUGAAAUUCUUUCAUUAUUGCCAAUGAUAACUGCAAUCAACCAUGCACAGUACGCCGAGCUAUUGUAUUUUACAAGCGGGUCUCUACUUCAGCUCAUAAUCGUGAUAUAAUCAUAGAAAUAUGUGUGGAAAAUAUUCCUGUCAUACAUGUAGUUUGCAAUUAUUAGAUUGAUAUUGACUAUUAUUAAUACGUUAGGUUUAUGUAUGUGUAUGUGCAUACAUGCUUGUUCUCAUUUAGUGCAGUAAGCACCCAACAUUUUGGUUAUGGUUUCAAUUAUCUUCUUCUAUUUCAUAGGAAUACAGAGCUUUCCAAUUAAUUAAAUGGCAUUAACUUCCCUACAAUGCCAAUGACUUUAAUUUGUCAUUCAUGCCGACCGUAGUUUUUAUUUACAAUUAAAAAAAAAAUCAUUUGGAGAACUACAGUGAGCAAUGGUUUAAAACCUAAUGUAGGAAUUACCAAAUUGCCUGUGAAAAUAGUGCUUGAUGUUUUCAUGAAUAUGUCGAUUUAGACUUUCUAAUAUUUAUAUAGUUAAAAUUAAACGUUUUAAGUCACAGAGUUAUAUUAAUUGUAUUUUACAUCACAAUAAUAAAAAUGCUAUCUGAAAUUUUUGGAGUUUUGCUGCAUUACAUCUGAACAAACAUAAUAUCAACACUGCAAUACAUGUAUAUAUCAAAUGUAAAAAAAAAAUGAUGGGGAAAGACAAUCUACUUUGAUAUUGACAUCUGUUCAUUGAAAUAACACCCUUUAUUUUAAUUUUAAGAGUGUAAUAUGUGUUGCAAUAUGUACUUGCAUAAUAGCAUGUGCAUGUAGUAGUCAGUCAGUAUUUGAUAUUCUUCAUGAAUAAACAGUAAUUUUGAACCGGGCAUAGUUUUUGUAGUAAUUCGUUAUGCAGUUUUUAAAUGUACUUAAGUUUUAGAUAGUUGCAUGGCAUUUUAAUUAUCCAAGGCAUGACAUUGAUUUCUUUGCUUAGCCUGCAUAUUUGAAUAACUCUAAAUGAUUGGUGCUAAGCAAAAUGAUUGUACAGAUUUGUGGUGGUAUUUAAAUUGAUGUACAUUUGUAUUCUGAGAUGGGUACUGUGUAUGUGUGUGAUUUCACAACAGUUUGCUUCUGCACUUUUUCCCCUCCCCUCUCCUAGUCCCUACCCCUACCCCUCUUGAUCUCCCCCUCUCCCCUUCUCUUUCUCUCUUCCUCCUCUCCCCUUCUAUCUCUCCCUUCCCCUCUCUUUAUCUUUACCCCCCUCUUAAAAAGUUUUUAGUUCCCUUUUCCCCAUUCAUUCACCCUUUUUUAGGUAGUAAACUUUUCAACAGACACUAACCCAUAUCCUAUUCCCAUAUAUCCCAUAAUGCAAUCUUUGGGGUUUUUUUAUUCUUUGACCAUAUCGUGAGGCAGCAUUCAGAGAAUUUGAUUCUCUUUCUACAUUGUAAUUUAAAUUUCAUGAUGAAAUCUUGGUUGCUUUUGGCCCGUUUCCUAAUAAAGUGUAAUCUUGUUGUGAUUUCUUGUUCUUUACCCAUGAGUUGUACUUUUAAUACUGUUUUUACCAGUAUGUAAGUUAAGUGUCCUUAAGUUGGCACUUAAAUUAUUGAAAUUCUUAUACCUGUUGUUUACUCUCUGUAGAAAAAAUGUAGAUACACUUUUAAGAAACAACCAAAAAAGGAAAAAAAAUGAUAUAGAUUAGAGGAAAAUAUUAUGUGUAUUAUACAUAGGUAGUUAGAUGUACAUGUAGUUAGAUGUUAUAUUAUACUCUAUUUGCCAGAAGACAAUGAUAUUUAGUCCAAUUUUGAAAUGUUUCAAAAUUGGGAAACAUGUCUGUUCAUACAGAUUUACGUAACUUGUUAUCCUUAUGAUAUAUGUGAUUCACCAUUAUCAUCUUAUAUACAUGUAUAUGUACAACUCUCAUGGUAUAUUAUUUUGUAAUAUAUCUGUAGUUUAUUUUCUCUGAAUAUUUUUCGCAGGGAUCUCGUGAUUAUAGAAUAAUUUUGAAAGAUAAGAUGUUUAUUUUCAAUAGUAUUUAUUUGUAUAUAUUUGAUGGCAUGGUAGAACAGAAAUUUAAACAGUUUAUUUUUUUUCAGAAAAGGAGUUCAUAAAUCUGUUGUGUAUCAAACAUCUUCUCAGAUCAUUACCAUUGUUUUCUUAAUUCAAUCCAGCAUUGCAACGAGUAUGCUUACCCCAACAUCAUAGUAGUAUUAUAUAAUUUCCCUUGUUGAGACCAUGGUUAGAAUGAAGGCUUGAAAGAUGCCAACAGAAAGUAAAGAAAAUUCACAAAAGAUAUUUAAACUAGUUGGGGUUUACUGUGGACUAUGUAGAGUCCUUUUACACUUCAUUCAAGCAUGCAUUUAGUACCAGUUGCUAAGAGGGGACAAUUUUUUACAAACUAUUUGCAUAGUCCAUGGUUUGUGACCCUAGUUUAAACCUUUCGUAAAAUAUGGUCCAUUAUGUACUGUUUUUCUUGUUAUGACACAUUUUCCUCUUUUCUUCAAACUUUAAAUCAUUUCAAAACAACUAUUAUGAUACGUACAGGUAUGACAUACAUGUACA